CCAGAUUAUCGAAUACUGCCAUAACACAAAUACCACAAAUUUGUAAUUAAACAAACAAGGCAAUUAAUUGUGUGUGUUUGUGCUCAGUUUAUGUGCGAAAUAAUUGGCGGCCAGCUGUGCAGCGACUACAUGUUCUAACUGAUGUGCAGCAGCAGGAAAAACAGAGCGAGCAGCCGCGACACAAACAUUCCAAUGCACUUUCUCUCAAUGGUGUAAAACCAGUCUUGCGGCUUUUUGUUGUUGCUGUUCUUGUUGUUGUUUUUGACAUCUAUUCGAUAUCAAUAGAAAAAUACAGGCCAAAUACGUUGUCGCGUUUGUGCGAUGUGUUGUUAGCAGACUACUAAGCACCUGUGUGCCACAACAGCAACAACAACAACAGCAAUCAAGCACGCUGAUUGCUGUUUUUAACCGUCUUUAUUGGCCAGUCACAUCUUGCCCACUCUUGAGUGCGUUUCUCGAUACUCUCGCGCUUUAAGAAUUCAUAAUUUGCAUAAAUUUUUGCUAUAUGCAUAACCCAGGCCGAGCAUGUUUCUCCAAUUGAGUCAUUACGCCACGGAAUUUUGUGCUAAACGCCACAUAUAACCAUAUAUAUCCUAUAUAUAUAUAUAUAUAAAACAGGAUGUCUUCAAUUGAGGAGAAAGUGCGCAGCAUAUUGAACGCCAAAGAUCUGGGCGAUAUAACAACAGAACUAUGUGAUUUCUCGCUGAAAGAGCAGAAUGCCACGGCCGAGGCGCAAGGCGUGCAGCCAUCGGCGACGGCCGACUUUGUGCCCCAGGUCGGGCAGACGAUCAACUAUAUUGUGGCCUGUGUGCUGUUCAAUGAGCACGACGAGCUACUCAUGAUCGAGGAGGCCAAGCCCAGCUGUGCAGGCAAAUGGUAUCUGCCCGCGGGUCGCAUGGAAAAGGGCGAGUCCAUCACAGAGGCAGCGGCACGUGAGCUGUUCGAGGAGACUGGCCUAAAUGCGGAAAUGACCACGUUGCUGGCCGUGGAAUCGGCCGGUGGCUCCUGGUUUCGCUUUGUGCUCACGGGUCGCAUUACGGGCGGACGGCUUAAAACGCCCGCCGAUGCGGACUCCGAGUCAAUUCAAGCUCUGUGGCUGCGCAAUCCCAAAGAGGUGCCGCUGCGUGCCAACGACAUACUGAGCAUCAUUGAAAUCGGACGCGCCUAUCAUCAGCACCAGAAGCAGGCGCAGCAGCAGGUGAAUGUGGCACACCAGCCGCAGUGGCAUGGCGACGUGCUGCCCACGCGUCAUCCGCACAAGCGCAACUAUAUGCGUGUGCUUGCCGUGGCACGCAAACGUGCCAGCAACUCGAUGAACAUACUCAUCAGCGAGAAGAAUACGCAUCAUUUUCCGACCGUCGAACUGCAUCCGAAUCGCAGCCUUCACUCGACAUUGCGUAAAUUCAUGAUUGAGAUAUUUGGCGCCGAGCUGCCGCAGCAUCGGCCACACGGCCUGCUCAGCGUGGAGCAUGCAACAAGCAGUGAUGAAUGCACCGAUGGCAUCUGCCUGAAUCUGCUGGUGGCCUUUAGGCCGCCGCUCGAGGAAAUUUCGCUAAUUGGCAAAUGCAUUUGGCAGGAGCUCAGCCCGCCGCUGGACGAGACGCUGGCGCGCAUACUCAGCAGCAAACAUGCGUCCAUACCCCUGAACGUGGUGCGAUAGCUGCUUAUCGACUAGUUCUAGCCUAAUCUCUCUAACCAAUGGUGCAAGCUCAUAUACAUUUAUAUAUAUAACCUAUAAUUAGAUAAUACCAAUUGCCACUUAAUCAUACAAAUGUUGCGUAUCAACUCAUGAGACAGUCGAGUCUGUUUUUGACUUGGACUCCUACCUUUUAAAUUAAAUGUGAAACAUUUUACUUGAGCUAUUUGA